AUGGUCAGAUGCAACUUUCCCGGACAUCCAAAAAAUGGCAACUUGGACGGAGAUUGGGUGAAUCGUCUGGAAGGAACGUCACUAAGGCUUGUAUGUGAUGAAGGAUACGAGUUAAAGGGAGUGGGGGAGGUCGUGUGCAAAAAUGGAAAGUGGAGUGCAACUCUUGGGACAUGCGAAGAACUCGCACAACACGGAGGAAGAUUGGACUUCAGCGUGACCCUGAAUGGUAAACCUAUUACCGUCCCAAAAGAAUUAAAACUGGGCAUAACACGUUUCCCAAUAGUUGUGAAGUAUCUUGUGAGGGAUGAAGCUGGGUACCACGCAGAAUGUCGUUUGAAUUAUCGCGUAGUUGACAAAGAGCCACCAAAAUUCGAAUACUGUCCAGACGACAUCGUCAAGACAACGAGCAGCAAUGAUGCGCGGGUAAUUUGGAAAGAACCACGAGCCACGGAUAAUUCGGGUGAUGUUCGUGUGUUUUGUGACCGCCCGAAUGGCGCCGUAUUUUAUGAAGGAAGUUCAUCGGUCACUUGUACUGCUAUCGACAACCAGGGUAACAAGGCCGAAUCUUGCGUGUUCAAAGUGAUCAUAAAAUUACGUUGCAUCGAUCAUUCAAAUUUCCCCAUAGCACAACUACUUCCUGGCGUAACCAUCCCUGAUCCAAGUAGCCCAUGCAGUGUCUUUGCAGCUAAUCCUCAAAAGUGUAACGAAGUAGUUGCACAAGGACUUCCAGAUGAUUUCGUGUGGAAAAAAAUUUGCAAGAAGACUUGCAAAGCUUGUUAAGCAUUCGAAGAAAAAGCCUGAAGCUCUUAUGCGUAUUUCCCGUGGUUAAUCGUAGUUAGUUGUUGACAAUAUACUCAAUGAAGUCACAUUAAAAAGCAUU